GAUCUUACAAAUACUCCUCAACACCCCACCCCCACCCACCCACCCGACCAACCCCUCCAUCAAAUUCUUCAAUCUGCAAAGAUCGUUCUUUACCGAGUCAGGGAUUCGAAGAAGAAUAAGGAGAUUCAGCUUCAAAAUCCUUCCAGUAAUUCUUCAGAUUCUGCGAUCUCUCAAUCUCUGGUUGCAAAAGAUAUGGAUCACAAUGACACUGGAUGCCACGCCGCCCCUCACGAAGGCCCAAUUUUGUGUGUCAAAGGCUGCGGUUUCUUUGGAAGCGCAGCAAACAUGAACAUGUGCUCCAAAUGCUACAAGGAUAUGGUGCUGAAACAAGAGCAAGCCAAGCUCGCGGCAUCAUCAAUUGAAAAUCUUGUUAAGGGACAACCUCUUGCCGUUGCUAAUAACAAUGCAGAUGCGCUUGUCACUUCAGUUGAAGCAGUGGAAGUUUCCGUCCCCUCCUCCCUUGCUUCGAGCUCCGGUGAGCCCGCCGAGGUCAAGGCCAAGGUGGGUCCCACCCGUUGCGCCGCUUGCAAUAAACGGGUCGGGCUGACCGGGUUUGAAUGCCGCUGCGGGGGCGUUUUUUGUGGGUCCCACCGCUACUCGGAGAAGCACAACUGCCUCUUUGACUAUCGCGCUGCUGCCCGGGAUGCGAUAGCGAAGGCGAAUCCGGUCAUCAAGGCUGACAAGCUGGAUAAGAUCUAGACAUGCUUUUUGUUAUGUUUGUCAAGUUGCUCAUGAUGCUUAUUGGCAAGACUCUGUUUAUUGGCAUUUGUUUCCAGGUUCAUAUAUAUUGGCAAUUUGGCAUAUUGUUGUGCACAUAAAUAUGCAUUUUUAGUAAAGUCAUUUUGUGUCAAUUAUUUGCAACUUAUUCUUAAAUUUAUUUCAAUAAGUUUGAAACAUGAAG